AGGAUAAGGCGAGCCAUUAGGCGCGUGAGACGGCGAACCCCAGCGACCAGCAGCGCAGAGCGCGCAAGUGAGCCAUGCUAGCCUCGCCGGCGCUCGCCGGCGCCACCCACUCCUUCCCGGCCUUCGUGUCGGGCAGCCGCGGCGUCCACCUCCCGUGCGCCUCCGCGCCCUCGCACUCGCCGGCGCGGCGGGCCGCCCUGGUCGUCCUCGCCAAGGCCAAGGUGUCCACGCCCAAUGCCGACCGCAUCGCCCGCCACGACCGCCUCCGCAAGAAGGUUAGCGGCACCACGGAGAGGCCAAGACUCAGCGUUUUCCGCUCAAACAAGCAUUUGUAUGCUCAGGUGAUCGACGAUACAAAGUCGUGCACUCUGGCUUCAGCCUCAACAAUGCACAAAGCUCUUUCAAAGGAGCUUGAGUACUCUGCUGGGCCAACAACUGAAGUGGCACAAAAGAUUGGUGAAGUGAUUGCCAAGUCCUGCUUGGAGAAAGGAAUCACCAAAGUGGUGUUUGACCGAGGGGGUUUCCUCUACCAUGGCCGCAUCAAAGCUCUAGCCGAUGCUGCUAGAGAGAACGGACUUGAGUUCUGAAUUUUCUGUUGAUAUUUUCAGGAUCGCAUGUAAUAUUCUCUUUUCUUUCCCGUCUAUUGAACAAAGUUCUUUCUGUAGUCAUUUGGGUUGUUCCGUGGACAUGGCCCCUCUUUAAUGUUAUCUGAUCUUUGUAUCAACAAUGAAUCAGCCUUACAAAUGGAAGAUUCAUUUUCUGUUUAUUUCUGCAAUUUGGCUUCUGCCGAAGCAGCCUUGUAAAACCAACACUUUGAACAUGAACAUUCAGAGUGCCGAUUUGAGCAAAAUAACUGAGAAGAAUCACACACUUUGGCAGCUUCAA